AUGAGAAUAUUAAUUUUUUUAAUAAUAUUAAUUCUAAUAAUAAAUAUUACUAAUGGUAGUGAUGAAGAAUAUUUCACAGUUCGUAAAGAUUUACGUAAAUGCGCAACUUGUGGUGGGUAUUUCUUUAAAAGAAUAAAUUCAGAUGAAAAAGAAAUGCAUGUCACAGGACUUUCAUUAAUUAAUGCUAAUUUGAAACCAAAUAAGAUGGAAGAUGAAAAGAAUGUAAUUAUUAGUGGUGAUAUUACUUUAACUGAUAAAGAUCAAGGAUUUUAUAGUUUCUUCUUAAAAGGAAUUCAUCAUAGAAUGGUAUUACCACCAAGUGAUGAUAAUAAAUCAAAUUCAAAAAAUCUUAAAAAUUCCACAUCAGAAUCAUAUGGUUUCAUUUCAAAUUCUGGUACUACUUGUAUUCAAGCAAAGGGUUGUCCAAUUUAUAAGUUUUCAAAAAUCAAUACCAAUGAAACUACUAAUUUUGCAACCUAUACUGAACCUUAUACAUCCUGUGUUCCAUUAUUGGAUAAAGAUUGGUUCUCCUCGAGAUUAAUUAAAACUGAUACUUCUUUUUAUGUUGGUUCCAUUGUCUUGGGAUCAAUUUCAAAGGGUGAAUUAACAAUUUCAAGUAUUUUUGUUAAUACAGAAGAUCCAGCCUUACCAUGCCCAGAAAAUCCAAGUUGUCCUGGUGGUAAAAUUCAAACUUUUACUCGUUCCGUUAAUCGUUGUCCAAUCUUUAACAAAUGCGUAAAUAGAGGUGUCUGUCAUCUUGGAAUUCCUCAUUGUCCAGUUGGUUAUACUUCUUAUUCUUUACAAUCUGCUCCAAAUGGUUGUUUAAAGUAUUAUUGUGAUCCUGAUUCUUUACCAAAUCCAUCAACUGUUUUAGGUCCUUAA